CGCGGCCGCGCCGGCGUUGCCCGCGAUGUCGACCGUGCGAAUCUUGAUAUUUGACGACGAACACACGCAUCGCUUUUCGUCCCGAACCACGUAUCCUCACCACCGUCCGCCCGUCGUCGUCGCCGUUGUCGCCGCCUAGCCCGCCAUGGCUUCGGCGCUCAGCAACAUCAACUACGCCUCGGACGAUAGCAUGCAGGUUGAUUCCGAUGUCAGCAGCCCCCACUCCCCGCCCCGCGACGUAGACGCAGAGUACGAGGAGGACCAGCUGGCUGAGCCGCCGGCCGCCCCGAUGCAGCUUCAGCAUGUACCAAUGGCCUCCUCCGCCAGGAGUCACUCAGGAGAGGACUCGGGCUACGAUGAACAUGAAUAUGAAGGUGACGCCGACGAGGGUGUCGACGUCGAUGACGAUGCUGACGGCGACUAUGGCGCCGAUGCCCGCCCUCGGAAGAAGGCCCCCAAGAAGAAGCGCUCGUCUGCUGCUCCGCGCCCGUCGCGCCCCACGUAUCCUGCUUCGGGCUCGGAUUCCGACUCAGAUUACGGCUCGCACAGCAAGAAGAAGAAGCGGGCGCGCUACGAAGAGACGCGCUCGUCCGGUCGCGGUCGUACCAGAGUCAACUACUACGACGAUCAGAACCUCGAUGAGCAUCUUGGCGCGGAUUCCGACGUGGACAUGGGCUACGAGCAGGCCUACCCCGACCCGAACGCGUAUGCCUUGGCCGAGGAGGACGAGAUUGAGGCCGUCCUCGGUCACUCGCGAGAUGAGCAGCAUUUGGACGACCCGCAGGACGAGUGGCAAAUGAACAUGCGCUUUCACAUCAAAUGGAAGAAUUUCUCCCAUUUGCACAACACCGACGAGACGUACGAGUUCUUGAAGCGCUUCAAGGGCAACAAGCGCGUCGAUAACUACAUCAAGGCGUACAAGAUCUGGCAAGCGCGCAAGGAUUCGCCACAUACGUCUCCUGAAGAGGUUGAGGCGCUAGUACUGGAGAAAGAGCGCGAAAAGGAAGAGCUGGAGACCUACCGCAUCCCCGAGCGCAUCGUGUCUCACCGGCAGAUUACCAACCCGGACGGCGACACCGUGAUUGAGUAUUUCUGCAAGUGGACGAACCUCCCGUACGAGCACUGCACGUGGGAGCCGCACUCCGAAAUUGCGCCCAUCGCUAAGCACCUCAUCGAGGCCUACCGGCAACGUGAGAGCGACGCGUACUUCCCGUACAAGAGUCAGCAGUACGCGGUCAACAAGCGCCCAAAGUUCGAGAAGAUCGCGCGCGAUCCGGAUUACAUCAAGGAGAAUGGUGGCGAGCUGAAGGACUUCCAGCUGACCGGCCUCAACUGGCUGGCGUUCACCUGGUCGCAUGGCCUCAAUGGCAUCCUUGCCGACGAGAUGGGUCUCGGAAAGACCGUGCAAAGCGUGUCCUACAUCUCGUGGCUCUUUCACAGCAUGCAGGUUUACGGCCCUUUCCUUGUGGUCGUUCCGCUGUCGACUAUCACUGCCUGGCAGGCGCAGUUCGCAUCCUGGGCGCCCGACAUCAGCGUCAUCCCCUACAUCGGGCACGCCACCUCGCGCCAGAUCAUCCGCAACUACGAGUUCUCGGGUCCGGUUCCCGAGGAGAAGCUCUUCGCGGAGCAGCGGCAGCAGGCGAUGCGCACGAAGGACAGCGAUAACAAACGGCAGCCGGUCAUCACCUUCGACCCGCGGCGCCUGAAGGUUAACGUGAUCCUGACGACGUACGAGAUGGUGCUCAAGGACGCGAACUACCUGGGCCAGAUCAAGUGGCAGUCGCUGCUCGUCGACGAGGCGCAUCGGUUGAAGAACAGCGAGAGCGAGCUGUACAAGACGCUUAUGAGCUUCAACUGCGCGAACAAGUUGCUCAUCACGGGUACGCCGUUGCAGAACAACGUCAAGGAGCUUUUGGCCUUGAUGCACUUCUUGCACCCCGAGCGCUUCAGCCUCGAUAGCGAGUUCGACUUGAACGACGCGGACCACGAAGAGAAGAUCCAGAACCUCCACAAGGAGCUCAGCAACUUCCUCCUGCGUCGCGUUAAGAAGGACGUGCUUGCUUCCCUCCCGACGAAGAGCGAACGUAUCUUGCGUGUUGAGAUGUCCACGUUGCAGACGACGUUCUACAAGAACAUCCUGACGAGGAACUUCCAAGGCCUCGUAAGGAGCGCCAACGGCAACAGCAACAUCUCUCUGCUUAACAUCGUCAUGGAGUUGAAGAAGGCCGCCAAUCACCCCUUCCUAUUCGACGGCGCUGAGCUCCGCAGCGACGACAACGAAGCGACGCUCAAGGGUCUUGUCAUGAACAGCGGGAAGAUGGUUCUACUCGACAAGCUGCUCGCGCGCCUGCGCCAGGACGGCCAUCGUGUGCUCAUCUUCAGUCAGAUGGUGCGCAUGUUGGACAUCCUGAGUGACUACAUGUCGCUUCGUGGCUAUAUCCACCAGCGCCUUGACGGAACCAUCGCGAGCGACGCGCGCAAGAAGGCCAUGGCGCACUUCAACAUGCCGGGCAGCCCCGACUUCGCGUUCUUGCUGAGUACGCGUGCGGGUGGUCUCGGUAUCAACCUCGAGACGGCCGACACCGUCAUCAUCUUCGAUAGCGACUGGAACCCGCAGAACGACCUCCAGGCUAUGGCGCGUGCACACCGUAUUGGGCAGAAGUCGCACGUGAGCGUCUAUCGCUUUGUCAGCAAGGAUACCGUCGAGGAGGAGAUCCUCGAGAAGGCGAAGGCGAAGAUGGUCCUCGAGUACGCCAUCAUCAACCAGAUGGACACCACCCAGGCGCAUCUUGGCGCGAAGGAGAAGAAGCCGGAGCAAAUCAACAAGGAUAGCUACACGAAGGACGAGUUGACGGCCGUGCUCAAGUACGGCGCGCAGAAGAUGUUCGACAAGGACGCAUCGUCGCAAAACCAGAAGCUCGACGAGAUGGACCUUGACGACAUCCUCAACCGCGCCGAGGACCACGAGACCGAGGCCGCGGGCGACGGCGGGCGCUCGAUGGGUGGCGAGGGCUUCAUGGCGUCGCUCGCCCAGGUCAGUGACGUGAAGGCCGACCUGGACUGGGAGGACAUCAUCCCGCUGUCCGAGCGCGAGAAGGCAGAGCGUGAGGCGGAAGAGAAGAAGCAGGAGGAGCUCGCUGCGCAGGACACGAAGGACCGCAAGCGCCAGGCCGCGCAGGUGUCGUACGAGGGCAUGGACGUCGACCAGCCCGCGCCGACUCCGGCACCGAAGAAGGCGAAGGCGCCGCAGCGAAAGUCGGGCGCGCAGCGCGCGAUGGAGCUGAAGGAGCGCGAUGUGCGCGUGCUCAUCCGUAGUAUGCAGCGGUGGGGCGACAUCCGGCAGCGUUACGAUAUCAUCACCCAGGAGGCGAAGCUGACGGAGAAGAACCGCGGCAUGAUACUCGAUGUUGCCGACGAGAUCCUGGACGUCUGCACUCAGGCUGUCCGCCACGCGGAGGAGGAGAGGCGGCAGAGGGCAGACGCCGGCGAGCAGUUGACGAACGCGCAGAAGUCCAAGGCUGUCCUCGUCACCGUUCGCGGCGUCAACAACAUCAACGCGGAGACGGUGAUCUCGCGCAACCGUGAUCUGCGCGUGCUGUAUCAGACGUUGGCGCCCUUGACCGAUGAGCAGAAGUACGCGUGGAGACUGCCUGUGGACAACAUCCGCCCUACGCUCAACUGGUCGGGCCGCUGGAAUCAGAUCGAUGAUGCCAUGCUGCUCGUGGGCGCGUUCCUGUACGGCUUCGGCAACUGGGAGCAGAUCCAGAAGGAUCCCAAGCUUGGGCUGGAGGGCAAAUUCUUUUUGGACGAAGGCAAGAAGAACGAGGAUUCAGCGAACAGGCCCAUCCCGAACGCCAUCCACCUCGUCCGACGCGGCGAUUUCUUGCUCAGCAUCUUGCGCGAUUACGACGAGAAGGUGAAGCAGUUCGGCGCGCAGGCCACGCGGAACGUGCGCGAUAUCCAGAGCAAGACUUCCCGCUACAAGACGUCGACGAGCCCACCGCCACCCGUAGCGUCCUCUUCUUCCUCCGCGUACCUGAACAGCGUGCGACGUCGGGCAGAGAGUGAGGCUGUGGCGAGUAUCGAUGACACAUCGAACCGCAAGCGGAAACGGCGACCGACGCCUACGUUCACUGACUCGGAGAGCUCUGACGAGUGUCCAUCGAUGGACGAGGCGGCAACGAAGGAGGAGCUUCGUCCUGUGAAGAAGCAGCUGAAACAACUCAAGCUAUCAGGCGAAGAGAUGCCGCGGGACGAGAAGGUCGCUAUACUGAAGGACUCCCUCGCCGCUAUUGGACGCCGGAUCGAGCAUGUACUCUCGCAGAAGGCUGCCGCAGGGGAGGAUACGGUCAGAUGGCGGCGACAUCUGUGGACGUUCGUAACACUGUUCUGGCCAAAGAAAGUGAAGGCCUCGAAACUGGAGGAGAUACACGCGAAGAUGGUCGUCAAGUCGGAGAGCGCGUCUGCGCCUGCGAAUGGCCACUCUUCCUCCGCUAGCAAGAAGCCGCGGCUAAGUGGGCCUGGGACGAGCGGUGGGAAGAUGAACGGGCAUAGCCAUGUUGCGUCAAAGACGACGAACGGGAGAGCGUACAGGUGAUACCCCCUCCGGCCUUUGCCUCUCCGGCACUCCGCCUCCCCACCGUCUCAGGCUCCGUUCUAUGUCGCGCUGUUCUACUUGUUUGGUCCUGAUUUCGUCGGAAUUUCUUCGCUUUUAUCACUUGUAUUACCAGUAGUUUAUCAUACUUGAGAGGCGCAAUCGCCUUUGUACUCAAACCUCCCGACGUACGUAGCACUAGUGUUGUAUAUAAACAGUCCUCUUUGCUUCCAAAUCCAGUCUCUCUAAUCUGCCAA